AUGCCUUGUACAAGCGCGUGCAUCCUGACCUAUUCCAUCAACAUCCCGUGGCGAAGUCACGCGCAGGGAGAGAACGAAAGGUCUCUGAAGCUGCUGCAGGAGUACUUGAGAGAAGCCAAGUCUGGCUCCCUGGGCAACGUGUCCCCACCUCCCUACAGGUUCGUGUUCUUUGUCAAAGACAAGGAACAGGAGAAAGCCAAAAGCAGUGAAUUACGUGGGAUCGACCCAAAUGCCGAGGACAGGCAAUCAGACACAGAUGCCAUGGAAAAGCUGCAUCGAGUGGCGAUCACUUUACCACCACCAGCCCGGAACCCUGCAGGCUUGGGACUUCCAAGGGGAGCCCGAAAGGCACUUGUGGCAUUGAUGGAAUCCUGCGGAUUGCCACAGACCUUGACUUCCACAAUACUGGAAAGCAAGUCGGGUGACCUGCUUCGUGAAUUCCUCCCUGAGGCUGCAGAGAUGACAAGGAAGCAGGCACAGUCAAGCGAUGCGAUUGCACUGAGCCUGGCAAAUGCAAAGCUGGCACUCAGAAUGGGAAGGCAGGUGGCAGUUGGAUUUGGAGCUUCUUGUGCCACGCUGGAUGACAAGCAGCAACUGGAGCUGUUGGAGGGCGUCGCAUGGGCUCUGGAUCGCUCAUCACAAUCGGAUGUCAGAGGGUGCCAGCUGAUGCUGGGAGAGGAACGUGGUGUGGAUGCAGUCGGUCGAGUGUGGCUGCAUUCGCAAGACACACCAUCAGCAUGGCUCCAGCAGCUUCUGGGAACGGAUAUUGAGUGUGUGCACUUGCGGAGGUCACUGCAAGCCAGUCGACACGUGCUUGAGUCACAGGUCGCUGCUGCUAUGGGGGUUUCUAUGGUAUACGCAUCAUCAGAACUCAUGGUGACUCCAAUGUACAUGACCUUUUUAAAGGAAUUGCACAGAGUUGCACAGGGCAAGGGAAGAUUUAAGGACGCACAACUGUCCAGAGUCCCCGUCUGCGUUGUUCGGGAUGACAGCAACUGUGCUGCCACGGUUAACGAGAAGUUGGGUUUCAUCAGUCUGAGUGUCUCAAAGUCCCCCGAUGAAGUCUACCGAUCCAUCGAGGAACUGGGGCCUGCGGCACUGACUGCGCUGGAGAAGAAAGAACUUGAAAACAAGAGAAUAGAAAAGCUGCAGCGUGAAGUUCGACAAAGACUUAAGCUGCGGCGCUUCAUGCGGGACCCUGCUCUGGACGUCAACAAGUUUAGGACCUGCUGCAGGAAGCUUCUGCAGGACGUGCCAGGGCUCAUUGCCCUCACGGAGGGUCUGUCCUUGCGAGUGUCGAACAAGAACAGAGUGGCAAGAGAGGAUGGCACAAUUGAAAUCGCUUGGGACUCCAAAAUUUGA